ACCACUAGCAAACUUACAGUUCUCACUACGCACGCACACUCUUUAUUCCUCUCUCUCUCUCUCUCUCUCUCUCUCUCUAUAUCUAUAUAUUUGUUUCUCUCUCAUGGCCGUGCUCCUCCGCGUGCAGAUCGCCGUCCUCUACGGCCUUCUCGCCCUCUCCAUAGCCGCCACCGCAAGGCCCUGCCGAACCUUCCUCAUAUCCUCUUACUCUUUCUCCUUAGCCGCCGAGAUCUUCGCCGAUCGCGGCCAUCCGAUCGAAAUCGAGGGCCGUCCUUCGCCGGUUAUCAACUCCUUCGGACUCUCCGCCUACGACUUCAGCUCCCUACGCGACCGCACGAAGGACAUUCUCAGCGUCGUCGUCGCCUUGCUCUUCGGCGUGGGCUGCGGCGCCAUCAUAGCCGCCACUAUGUACUUGCUGUGGUCCGCGUUCUCCAGCCGCUACGAUCACAGUGGAUCUUACGAUGAGGAGGAUGAUAAGAUCGAGAGCCUUAAGAAAACGGGGUACGUGAAGAUUCCGGCGAAGGAAGCAUCCAUAUGAUAAAUGCUUUAUCCUAUGAAUGUUGUGGAUUGUUUGUUUAUAAUAAUGAUAGUGGAAUUGAACGCAAAAUGCUUAUAUCAGUGUUUGUACUUUGUCAAUUUCAUUCUGUUUAAUGUAUUUGGGGGUUUUAUAUUUGAUUUAAUAUCAGCACAGUUAUAUCGGUAUCUUAUUGUCGAGAUCUAUCAUCAUCAUAUUUAGGAUUAUGCUCUUGUUAGUUAAGAGCUUGAAUUGUAUGAAAAUAGCAAUUUUGAGAUCGAGAGAGAGAGAGAGGAGGGUUGUUUGGAUAUACAUAUAUACUUGCUGUUUGUUUUUUGGUUGUCCCAUUAAAUAUUAA